AUGGCUGUUAAAAACUCUCGAUUCCUUGGUCGCCUAAGAAGGAUAAUCCAGAAGGUAAGGUUCUUGUUAUCCUUGAACACCAACAGAUGGUUCCUGUCUUCUGUCGUGGGAUUGUCUCCCGGGCCUCGCCGGCCAGGCUCUAAGGUCCAGCAAGGGCUUCUCGACUGCACCACCGGGGCCGCCGAGGACUACUACGAAGUGGGCUCUCAGUUUGGUCUCUCAAGGACAACAAGCUCGACCUCAGGGGUAUCAAGGACUACUAGCUUGGAGUCAGAGAUCUCGAGGACUACCAGUGACGCAUCGGCAGGCGACGAUAUCGAUAAGAGGGCGGAGAUUUUUAUCGCUAACUUCUAUCGGCACAUCCAGAUGGAGAGGCAGGUCUCGCUCGAGCUGCGUUACUGUAAUGAGAAAACCUUGGAGAGCACGAGGUCAGAUUGA